UUGCCUUUUUAAUGGAGAUCAAAGUAAACGUACAGCUCCAUAGUCCAUACACUCUCUCCCCCAAAUCCUUCAUUCUUUCUGAUCUCUAGGGUUUCUGCAUAAAUUCUCUCAAACUCUCUUUUAGAACUCCCCCAUUCUUGAUUUUAACUUCUUCUUCUUUUUUCCUUAUUUGCGUAUUAACCCUAGAUUCUUUUCGUCUUUCAUACUUUAUACUUUCUGGGUUUGAUUGAAAGAGUCAAACUUUCAUGUUGUUGUUGAAAUCUGUUAGACUUCUUGAUAGUGCCGUUUUGGGUGCAAUUUGAUUGGAGUAAUUGUGGGUUUCUUCAAUGCUCUCUUCCUCGAUAAAUUGACGUUGACCUUUUGAGUAAUCAAGACCGAUUCGUAUUUCAUCGUUACAAAACUUGCAACUUACUCAAGUUUCAAGCUGAAAUCGGUAGUCUUUUGAUUUCAGCAACUGGAUUCAGAUUUGCGAUGUUUUUGGAGUUGAAUUGAAGUUUUGUUAGGUUGCGAUUCGGCAUACAUUGUUUAUAUGUAAAUGGAUAAAUCCGGAGUUGAAUCGAAGCUUAUGGAAAACGGAAAUCAAGAACGAGAUGUAAUGAAUGGAGAAAAAGUAGAAGAAGAUGAAGAGGAUGAAUCGAAGAAACUUUUAUUGCCUAAAAAAGGCGGGUUAUCCAAAAAAUCAGGGAAGAAACACAGAAAAGUGCAGUGGAAUGAUAGGAAUGGACAUGAUCUUACAGAAGUUUUGGAAUAUCAACCAAGUGAGGUUAGUGAUUCUGAAGAUGAUGAGUCGGAUUCUUGCAUAUGUAACAUAAUGUAGACUUUACAUGCAGCCAACAAUCAUGGCUAGAUAUACCAUUCGACUAAUCUUGGAGGGAUUUUGUCGAAUUAAAGAGUUGUUGAUUGAAUUAUGAAUUUAUGAUAUUAUAUUGUUAAUGUAUUUGAUAUGGAGCCAAAUUAUUGUCUCCUUUACUUGGAAUUUAGAUAUGGCAUCAAACUUGCUUCUUGUAUACAGUAAUUUUUAAGUCAUGAAAGUUCUAACAGUGUAAACAAUAAUUUCAGUUUUAUUCGCCCAUGGUAAC